UCUGGCGUUGAUUCAAGGUCUGUUGGCAUAAGUUGGGCUUGUUUCGGAUUCCAGGGAAUUGCGCCUGGGUGUGUUUGCUGAUUUGGGGCGCCUCCUGACAACUUCCCCUUGAGCAGUGGGGGCAAAAUCAGCAGUCUGCAUCGAGUGUAAUGAUACAUCUCAUCGCCAAGCAAGGCCACGCAAAGACUUGGUAGGUCAAUUGAGUUGGGACGGCAAUGCGCCUGCGAAAAGCAGCACGAUGCUUGGCCUAGAGAACUUGUUUCCUCCUGGAGGUUCCAAAAACGAUGGUGCCCCCUAUUUUGAAGUCCCCUCUCGGAAAAUCGUGUCCAUUGAGCACCCAUUCAUCAUUCAGAACCUGGACAAUGGCAUCAGAUCAUUCGGACCUAACCCGAAUUUCCACCGUCUCAUGGUGGAUGGCUCAGAGCGCAGUUCGUUGCCACUAUGGUUGCGUCAUGAUGAGCCUACAGCAAAGCCUGUCAUGUCACACAAUGCGGCUUCCAACAACGUUCUGCUGAAGAUCACGGUCCCCAAGCGGACAGGCCGUAAGCGAAAACGCGGAAGCGAUGAGCCGUUUUCUGGAGACGUCGCACUACCGGACGCUGGUCCAGAGCCCACGCCUAAAGACCAAGUCUGCUCUGUUGCUCGACAGGAUAACCCCAGGUUGAUCCUUCGAAAACUCCAGGACAAUGCCGAUACCUACAGUGUCGAGGCCGUGGGGGCUAUCCGAGGCAGCCACAGAUACAGGGGCUUGGCAGACUUCCAGUUCAUAGCCAGAGAUCUGCCCUUCCUCUCCAAGGUUGCUGAUCACCUCACACCAAUGAACGUAUCCAAGCUUCGGGAGUUCAAGCUGGACCUCAAUCAAGGGAUAGGUUCCGGUCAGGAGAUCAUACCGCCGCCCCAUUUCACAGACAAAGUUGCGCCAUUCAACUACUUCUAUGAACAGAAUCCGAAUGCCCAAGUUUCAGUGACCGACGCCACGGGCAAACCCAUUAUAGGAAAUAUGAAUCGCCAAGGACGGUUCGCCUUUGGUCACUACAUCCAGUACAACGCCCCAGUGCCCACCGGCCCCCUCAAGCCAGCCAACUCAAGCGGGCUAUACCAAGUGCCUGCGGACCUACUGGACAAGUUACGAACCUGCAUGGAAGAGCGCCCCAUCUGGACCCGUCGCGCUCUCGUCAACCAAGUAAACAUCGGCAACUACAUCAGCGAGACGGCCGUCAAAUUCGCCAUUCAAGCAGUGGGGUACCAGUUCAAAGGCGGUCCCUGGCGUGACGCCGUGGUCAAGUAUGGCGUAGACCCGCGCAUCGACAGCAAAUACCGCAUUUAUCAGACCCUCGCCUUCAAACUGCACCGGCUGCCCGUAAAAAGCGUGGUGCACAACGGCCAGAUAACCAACAUGAGCAAGGACGACGCGAGGCGAAGCCACAUGUGGGACGGCAACAGCUACUGCACCAACGGCAAGUUCUGGCAGGUAUGCGAUAUCACGGACGCGCCGCUGCUGCAGCUCAUUGAAGAAGCGCCGCUAAGGGAGGAGUGCGCCGUCGAGGGGGACGGCUGGUGGUACGAGGGGACCUGGUCCAAAGUCAAGGCGUACAUGAAGGCCAAGAUGGUGGCUAUCCAGGCCGGAAGGUUGGGCGAUGAGAAUGACGUGCCGAAGAAGCCCGGAUACCUCUAUGCGAGCUCACUGGUCGCGAAGCUGAAGCAGCACGCUGAUAUUGUUCCCGUGCGCAAUGGUAAGUUCUCGACUGUUAAUGUGACGACGCUGCUGUAUGGGCUCGAGGACGUUGAGGGACUGGAGGGGAUCAGGUAUAGACACCGACCCGGCGCGUCGUGGAAGGACCCGUAUGGAUCUAUGGGUCUUACUGGUAAUAAUAAGUACCCUGUCCGCCGCAAGAGGCGCGCGCCGUCGAGUUUUGAGGGUGGAGAGAGGGAUGCUCCUGAGGCUGGGGGUAAUGGAGAGAAGCGUGGAGGCGAGGUGUAUCCAGAUGAUGCGUGGGCGCAUAUCUUGGAUAGUGAUCUGAGCGACAUGUCUGGAGACGAGGAUGGGAACGAGGCGGACGAGACCAUGGUAGACGAAGCCAUAUCAUUCACUGGUAACGACAGAGAGUCGCGAAACGGAGAGGGCGACGAUGAAGAAUUCGACGAAGAAGACGAAGACCAAGACCAAGAACGCGAAGAGUUCGAUGAUGGCUACGGCGAGACAUACGGUGAUGAGGACAGUGGCACAUACGACGGGGACGACGUGGGAGAUGGUGACAGCGAAUCCUACGACAAACCGGAUGAAGAAGACGAGAACGACAAUGGUGCUUAUGAUUCGGAAAACAACAAAAGUGUUUCUGAGCACCGGCAAACGUCAGUCCUGGAUUGAUGGAUCUUCACAAUAAAAUAGCAUGGCAGACAGGCUCUCGCAUGUGCUAGUUCUAAUUGUCGGCUUGGUUGUCCUUCCA